AUGGGGGAACCGACUGAACCGCACUCCCUGGAGGCCUUCGCUCCCGCCGGUCUCUUCGUCCCUCCGAGUAUAGAUCGCGCCCGAGUGUUCGCCGGAGAAUCCUACGCCUACUACUCACCGUGCCCUCCAGAAACGGAUCUUCAAGUUGAAAGCUCCAAUCCGACGGAACCGCCUUCUCGCAAACAUUAUGUCUUGGGCGUCGAUGAAGCUGGACGAGGCCCCGUUCUAGGGCCAAUGGUAUACAGUGCAUUUUAUGUACCACAUGAUCUCCACAACCCCCUUCUGGCUCAACAGUAUAGUUUCGAUGACAGCAAAGUCCUUACACCCGCUGUACGUGCCAAUUUAAUGCAGACGCUCUGCACCCCGGGCACGCCGUUAUUCGAAUCAUGCGGCUGGGCGACCAAAUUGCUUUCCGCACGGGACAUCUCCUCUGGCAUGAUGCGCCUUGGGGCAGGGGCUUACAACCUAAACGCACAAGCGAUGGAUGCUACUAUUGAGCUUAUUCGACACAUUGUUGAAGUCAAAAAGGUGGAUAUAACAGAGGUUUACAUUGAUACAAUCGGCAACCCCGCAGUCUACCAGCAGAAGCUGGAGCGCAUCUUCCCUUCUCUAAGGAUUACUGUUGCUAAAAAGGCUGAUUCCUUAUAUCCAUGCGUUAGCGCCGCGAGUGUCGCCGCGAAAGUAACUAGAGACGUUGCACUAGAGUUAUGUCAUCAUAACGUAUCGAUGGCCCAGGAGCCCGAGAAAACUACACACGAAAAUGCUACAGAUAGCUGGGGUAGUGGCUACCCAUCCGACUCAAAGUGUGUUCGCUGGCUUCGAGGAAACAUGGACCCCAUAUUUGGAUGGGGCAAUGAAUGCCGCUUCAGUUGGGGUACUGCGAAGGAAUUGUUAGAACUUAAGGGAGGGUCUAAGGUUGAUUGGCCGGUGGAUGGGAAUAAUUCGCAUUUGAAGGAAUUCAUGUUGUCGUCGUCCUCUGGUGGUAAUGGGGGAGCAAAUUCCCAUGAACUUGAGCAAUGGUUUGGAAGCAAACCUACAGAGGUUCUCUGA